CACACCUUCCCUUCAUGCACUUGCCAACCAACGUAGUGGCAGUUCUUUGGAUACUUGGCCCGUGGACAUCUUGCUUACCUCUAUCCUAACGAUUUCUCUAGCUUGAGCUCGCUGAUAGUUCUCUCCUCAUGCGUCUUUUGCGGCUUGAAGAUGACGGCGAGUUCAGCCUGACCGACUAUAUUGGCUACGAUGUCCCACCGUAUGCGAUCCUUUCGCACACUUGGGGAGCGUAUAACGAAGAAGUUACAUUCAGAGACCUAGUGGAUGGUGUAGGCAAGAGCAAAGCUGGCUACAGCAAGAUCCGCUUCUGCGGAAAGCAAGCUGCUCAUGACGGCCUACAAUACUUUUGGGUGGACGCCUGCUGCAUUGAUAAGUCAAGCAGUGCAGAGCUUUCAGAAGCCAUCAACUCCAUGUUUCGCUGGUACCAUGAUGCGGCGAGAUGCUACGUGUAUCUGUCCGAUGUUUCAGUCAGCACUUCUGAUGGGGACAGCAAAUUCUCUCGAAGUUGGAAACCAGCAUUCAAGAAAAGCAGGUGGUUUACUCGUGGCUGGACGCUUCAAGAGCUUAUUGCUCCAACAUCAAUUGAAUUCUUCGCCAUGGAGGAACAGCGGCUUGGUGAUAAGCAAUCACUAGAACAAACUCUCCAUGAGAUAACAGGGAUCGCCAUUACAAGACUGAAAAGAGCUACCCUCGGAUUCUCUCGCCCGAGCUGGAAAAUGUGA